UCUAUAUAAUCGCGUAACAAUCGCCUGAGUAUGAGUAACGAUGACUACAAACCGGUGCUCACGCGACAAAAUCGCUUGGAACUGUUUACGCUGGAAGAGUGUCAGGAGAUUUUGGUAAAUUUAUUGGCCGAUAAGCAGCAGCAUGGGGUCCUAAAACACUUUGAAAUAGUGCCAGCCACCGAAAGUGUUGGCUUCCUGGGCGAAUAUUUCCAUUUGAAACUCAAAUAUCAGCUGGCAGAUGAGCAGGAGGAGCAGACCACACGAUUGUUUGUCAAGUCGGUGAUCUUUCAAAAUGCCAACAUGGAAUUCUAUAUGGAGAAAAUGGGUCUCAUCAAAAAGGAGACUAAACUCUAUGAACUGCUGCUCAACGAGCUCAAAAAGUUCUCUCCCCAUGUGUGGUGCACCAAAUGCUACUUCACCCGCGAUGAUCUUUUCGUGAUGCAGAAUGUCGAGGAUAUGGGAUAUGUCUCCUUGCCAGCGGGCACUCGUUUCCUCAGCGAGGAGCAGCUGGGUCCCAUUUUAAAGUCGCUGGCCACCCUUCAUGCCAGUAGUGUGGCCUAUGAGCGAGAGCGGGGACAAACGAUCGGCGUUCAGCUGCGGGAGUGGCUCAAAGAAGUGUCCGUCGCUCCUGACGUUGAAUGGUAUACCGCGGGUCUAAAGGCCGUGCUGGCGGUAGCUGCCACUCAUCCCGAUGUCCGCAAUGAUGCCAGGGCCCAGGAGUACAUCUCCAAGGAACUGCCACGCCGCUUGGAUAGCGUCUAUUAUAUGGUUAACCCCUCGCCAGUACACAGAAAUGUCUUCGUUCAUCGGGAUGCCUGGGGUGCCAAUGUCUUCUAUCACAAGGAGCGCCCGCUGGAGGAGCGCUCCAUCCUGGUGGACUUUCAGUUGUGUCGCUAUGCCCCGCCUGCCAUGGACUUCCAUUUGGUUAGCUAUCUCAAUCUAGAGCCAGCCAAUCGUAAGCAAAUGAUUGAUCGCUUGAUAAAUCUGUACUACGACACUCUGGCGGAGGAGCUCCAGACAAUGGGCGUCGAUGCCAGACAGGAGCAGCUGAGCCGCGAGGAGUUUGAGCAAUCUCUCAAGGAUUUUGCCUUGUUUGGGGCCACCUACAACUGCAUGGCAGCCACCAUACUCCGACUGCCCGACAACUAUCUGAAGAGCCUCAAGGAUCAGCGACCGGCGGACUUUCAUCGCUUCUGUAAUGUCGAUCGUACACCAGCUGUGCUCCAGUUGAUGAACGAACAUCGAGACUUUGCCGAUUACAUGUACGAGUGUGUGGACGAUUUGUUGGCACUGACAUAUCAUAAACAAAGCUGAUUAAAUGUGAAUUUGUCUCACUA